CUUUGCAGUGAGGACGCUCUCUCCGCACCGUCGCCGCCCCCGGCGCAGGGAGUGAGCGCCGGCCGGCCGGCCCGCGGGCCGAGAGCGGGGGGGGGGGGGGGGGGGCCGCGCUGCCCGCGAGGGCUCCAAGGCCCCGCGCGUGCCGGGCCGCGCUGCGCCCGCUCCUCGGGGGCACCCCCACUUGGCUCCCCUCCGGUCCCCAGCGCUGACCGGCAUCUCCAACCUCGCUUCCGAAGAGCCCGUUCUCCUCGCAAGGACGCCUGGCCCCUCCCGUCUCGAUGUAACCGAGUUGGGGAAAGUAGGCAGGGCAUUAUUAACGGAAAUAAGCGCAAGACUGCAGGAAAUACCCGAGUUACAACACUUGGGUCUACACUAGGGAAAACCUCCCGUACGUAAGCCUUGGGCUGGUUCUGGGCUGAAAUACGCGGGGGAAGUGGCCCAGUUUGAAUGGAACGUAAAAAAGACCAGAAACCGAUUUUAAUUAUGCCACCAGUCAUAAAUGUGUGGUUUCCGUUGAACAUGGAGAAGUUCUUCAUCCUGCUUGGAUUCUACCUUUAGCCCUUGGGAGCAUUCUCUAACACAUCCAAACUACCAUCCAGACCCAAGAAACCGAGGUCCACAACAGGUCAAGAUGGGGUUUAUAUUCUCAAAAUCUAUGAGUGAAAACAUGAAGAACCAACAGGAGUUUAUGCUUAUGAAUGCUCGACUCCAGCUGGAAAGGCAGCUAAUGAUGCAGAAUGAAAUGAGAGAAAGACAAAUGGCCUUGCAGAUUGCUUGGUCUCGGGAAUUCCUCAAAUAUUUUGGAACUUUUUUUGGCAUUGCAGCCAUCUCUUUAACAGCUGGAGCAAUAAGAAGGAAGAAGCCAGCCUUCCUCUUCCCUAUUAUUCCAUUAAGCUUCAUCUUCACAUACCAGUAUGACUUAGGAUAUGGAACCCUUCUACAAAGAAUGAAAGGUGAAGCUGAGAACAUACUGGAAACAGAAAAGAGUAAGUUGCAGCUGCCAAGAGGCGUGAUCACUUUUGAAAACCUUGAAGAAGCCAGAAGGAAACAGAGUAAAUUCUUUAUAGACAAAUGAAAUCAUGUUUACCCACCAAAUCUCAAAACACAAUUAUUGACUUGAAUCAUGGUUUUUACAAAUUUUUAGAUGAUUGAGAUUUUGAUAUCAUGGAUUUUAUUUUAAAAUAUUAAAAUGCAAGAUGGGUUUUGUUAAACUAUUUUAAAAUAAAAUUUAUAACAUCAACACAAAAUCAUGGAGGUAUGCUAAAUAACUUUCAUAUUUCCUAUGUAUGUGUGUAUUACAAAUAUCUAAAUGUAUAAUUAAUAAAUCAUAUUGUUUUGAAUUCCUGGAAGCAAACGUCCUGCUGC